AUAACCUAGUAAUCUUAGAAAAGAGAAAAAAAAAUUUUAUUUUCAAAAGAAUGUUUUUGAAAAUUGUUUAAAUAAUAUUACUCUUAAGUUGGAUUUUAAUAUCAAAUAGAGGACAUUGUUAACUUUUAAAGAACUUCAAUAUUGGUGAAAUUGUGAAAUUAACAACUGUGAAAACGCGUGAAAACAAAAGUGAGAAAGAAAAGUUAUUGCAAAAUUUUUCUUCAAUUGUUUUCUAUAUUCUUAUAUAUGAAUAUACAUAUAUUUGCGACUAUGACGAAUACAAUUUAAUAAAUUGUCGUUUACAAUAUUAACAAAAAGAAUUACGUGCUUUAUCGAAAGAAUAUUCAUUUAAUGGAGUGGAAACUUUAUGUAAACAAGUCUGUUAUUGAUACGCAUAAAUAUGUCAGUGAAUUUAACCUAAAAAUGAUACAAUUUUAUUUAUUUUUCAUUUAACCAGAGACGAAUUUCUAUAAAGAAAAAAAUAUAGUUAAAAAUGCCACAUCCAUGUGUAGUGUGUGGUCGUUCACGAAUGAAUCCAAACAAUCGUGAGGAGGAAUAUAUGUUUUUUGGAUUCCCAGUAAAUGAUGGACCCCGUUGUGGAAAGUGGUUGGAGUUUUGUUGUCGUGAGGAUCUUUAUAAAUUAACGAAAAAACAACUUCUCCAACGAAUGGUAUGUUCAAAGCAUUUUGAAAGAAAAGAUUUUCUAAACGAUUAUUAUGAUCGUUUGAAUUGUACGGCAGUUCCUUCUGUUUAUGAUCCAAAACAAAGUUUAUACAACAUAACCUGUGUGUUGUGUGGUCGUGCUCGUAAGGAUCCACCUGAGGAAGACUAUGACGGAGUGACUUUUCAUCAUUUUCCCGGAGAAGAAUUUCGUUGUUUAGAAUGGCUCGAUUUUGUUGGAGUUGAUUCUUAUUAUAGGCUGACGAGAAAAGAAAUUCUAUUUUGUUACAUAUGUUCAAAACAUUUUGACGGCUCACAGUUUAUGGACAAUUAUAAGAAUAGACUUAAGGACCAUGCAGUGCCGAAUAUUCGUUUCUCCGAUCAGGAAGGCGAAGAACCUUUUAUUAUGGAACUUAUCGCUGAGCCAAAUGUCGCAAAGGUUAAUGAGAAAUUGAAAAAAUUCGAACCAUUGCCGUCUGUUGUUUUGGAGAGUCAAGCCUGUGCUGCAUGUGGACGAUCCAGGUCCGAUCCAAGGAACAAAGUGGAAAGGUACAAAUUUCAUCCGUUCCCAGCUUAUGAAAUUGGAAGAUGUUUACGUUGGUGUCAAUUUCUCGGACGUGAGGAUAUUUUGAAAAUGUCACCGAAUCAAAUACGAAAACUUGUCCUGUGCUCGAAACAUUUUCAAACAGGGCAAAAUAUUCACAAUAUUGGACCAUGCGACGCAGUGCCGACGAUAAAGGAUGUUCACGAUUUAACACCCGAAGAGGCUUUAGAGCAAAUGGAAAUGGAAAAUGAAGAUGUUGACGAGGUCUGCAAAGUUGGAAAACGAGGUUCUCGACCUUUAGUUUCGAGCAAAAAGCCAAAGGUCGACAAUAAACCAGCUCCAUUGGCGAAAAAACGAGGAAAAUCAAGAAGGCCGACUUUAAUAAAUAUUCCCAAACCAAAACCACUGAGUUUCGAAACAGACGAAUUUAUGAAAAAACUACCAAUACCAGCGUCGACGAAUUGGAAAUUUCAAUUUGGCAAUCAAUUUCAACCGAUUGCUAUUAGCAACAGCGUCACUCAAAAUUUGCCAAAUAACAUUUCGACGGAUAUUAAAAAGGUUAUUCUCCCAUUUACGGGUGAUAUUUCAAAAUUGGGGGCUCCAAUUCCAGUUCAUAGUCUUUCGAGUAUACCACCAGGUUUGCUGAUUAAAAUAAAUCUCCCCGAUCAAGGGAUGAAAGCGGGAAAGUCGGGAAGAGGUCGCGGUCGUGGACGAGGACGUGGCCGUGGUCGAAGUCGUGGUAGAGGAAGAAAAUCACAAAGCGAAACGAGACGGGAAAAAAUUAACAACGGCAGUAUCGAACAAAUUGUCAAUAUAAUGCCCGAAAAAUUAGAAACCCUAGGAACAAUGGAGCAUCACAUUGAGAAAAUUGAACCAAUGGGAAAAAUUGAACCCGAGGAGGAGGAAAUUGAUUUUGACGCCGAUUCAGUGAAAAUGUCCGAUUUACUUUCAUUCGCCACUGAGGAAGUUGUCGAGGAAUUUGUCGAGGGCAAUAUGGAAAUACACGAGGAAGAAGUCGAAUUACAGGAGAAUUUCAACGAGAGUAAAAUUCAAUUGAAAACGGAAAAUUUAUACGACGAGGUUCUUGAGGAAGAACAAGAGGAGAAAAUAUGUCGAACAUCGUUGAAAACACGUCGUACAUUGUUGCCGAUUAGAAAUGAACUUUACUAUUUUCUUCGAAAAUUAAAACCACAAUUGCAAAGACUUCCGAAAAAUUCACGAGCAAAGGUGAAGCUUGCAAUUGUUAACAAGGUGAUUGAUUUUUUGUAAAUUCUCCUUUUUAAAAUGUUUUUGUAUUUUCGUUUUUGUUUCUUGUAUUUUGAGAAUUUCUUUUUUCAUUUGUUUUUUAAGACUUUGUCUUCAUUUCAUUCGGAUAAUUUCGUUAUCUAGAAAUAUUGUGAAAUUAGACGGAACUGUUCAAAAGAUUAAGUUUUAUUGUAGGAAAAGUAUCAAGUUUGUAAAUAAAAAAUGAUUCUGUUUUUGAAGAAUGUAACUAACAUUUCGUCAAAUUUAUGAAAAGCCUUUAUUAAAUUAACAAAAUAAAUUGAAUAUAAUUUUUCAAAUUAAUUAAUUUAAUAGAUUAAUUUAACUAACUAAAUUAAUGUUGGAAAUACACUUAAUUUUUUGAAUAGAAGCCAGAAAUAAUUUUCGUUAAACAGUGUAAUGUAUGUGUCAAUUAUAGUAUUGUUGCAAUUGAAUUUUUUUAGAAAAUGUUUUCUUUUCUGAAACUUAUUAGAAAGAGGCGAAAUAAAAAGUUAAUUGCGUUUAUAUUUAUACAUCUAAAAUAUUGAUGUAUGUAUAUUUAUAUUAUAAUUAUGUAGUUAAAUGAUAAGUAACGUUCUAGGACAAAUUAAUGUUCUUAUUGUACAUUUGGAAGUUGUAAAAUAAAAAUAGACACAGUACUGUUUGCAAAUAUUAAAAUAAAUUAUCAGGUAUAUAUGUUAUGAGAUGAAAAAUUAAUUUGGUUUAAAAGUCUUAAAUCGCAUCUGUGUGAUUUUUAAUAAUAAUAAUUAUUAAUAUUCUUCCUAAUAUUUCAUUUUAUCAAAAUGUGAUUUAUACUCUUAAACUAAAUGACUUUUUAAAAAAUUGUUUUAUGAAUUCUAAAUAAAUUUUUUGAUUAAAUUAUAAAAAA